GGAGGCGGGGCUGCGCUCGGCCUCACCGGUCCGCCCGCCACCCUCAGUCUCACCCGUCCGCCCGCCGCCGCCGGUCGCGUGGCGUGAGCUCCCCCGGGACCGCAGCUCGGGAUGCUGCCCGCCGGCGCGCCGUCUCCCGCUCCUGCUCUCUUCUCCUGGGCCAUGCCCCGCUGUUUACAUGCCGGUGAAGCCCCCGGCCGCUCCGAGCCCCUCCAAGCCCUGGCGCCCCGAGGCUGAGCCAGCCUGCCCGCGAACUGGACUGGGCGCUGAGACCUGGAGCUCCGCACUCAGAUCCCCGCCCGCUCCUCCACCUCCGCCACCAUCUGGGCGGGCUCCGGCUCUGGUGUUUUGAGGAGGGGGUGUGGUGUAAGGAAAGGAAUCCUGGGGAUUUCUGCCCCCCACCUGCUUUUCUGGCCUUCGGGGCUUCAGACUCAGGGAACUCGCUCAUGGCUUUCUUGAUGAAGAAGAAGAAAUUCAAAUUCCAAACCACUUUGACCCUGGAGGAGCUGACUGCGGUCCCCUUCGUGAACGGGGUCCUCUUCUGCAAGGUCCGGCUGCUGGAUGGCGGGGACUUUGUCAGCUUGUCGUCAAGGGAGGAGGUGCAGGAGAACUGCGUGCGGUGGCGGAAGAGGUUCUCCUUCGUGUGUAAGAUGAGCGCCAACCCGGCCACAGGCCUGCUGGACCCCUGCAUCUUCCGCGUGUCCGUACGCAAGGAGCUGAAAGGCGGGAAAACUUAUUCCAAGCUGGGCUUCGCCGAUCUGAACCUGGCCGAGUUUGCGGGCUCGGGCUCCACGGUACGCUGCUGCCUGCUGGAGGGCUAUGACACUAAGAACACGCGCCAGGACAACUCCAUCCUCAAGGUCACCAUUGGGAUGUUCCUGCUCUCUGGAGACCCCUGCUUCAAGACGCCUCCGUCCACGGCCAAGUCCAUCUCCAUCCCGGGUCAGGACUCCUCCCUGCAGCUGACAUGUAAGGGUGGCGGGACCAGCAACGGCAGCGGUGGCAGCACCAACUCCCUGACGGGUUCUCGGCCCCCCAAGGCCCGGCCCACCAUCCUCAGCUCAGGGCUGCCAGAAGAGCCAGACCAGAGCCUGUCCAGCCCCGAGGAGGUGUUCCGCUCCGGCCACUCCCGCAACUCCAGCUAUGCCAGCCAGCAGUCCAAGAUCUCUGGCUACAGCACGGAGCACUCCCGCUCCUCCAGCCUCUCAGACCUGACCCACCGCCGCAACACGUCCACUAGCAGCAGCACCUCUGGCGGCCUCAGCAUGGCCGUGGAGGGCCCUGAGGGCAGCGAGCGGGAGCAUCGGCCCCCCGAGAAACCGCCGCGGCCACCCCGGCCCCUGCAUCUGUCAGACCGCUCGUUUCGGCGGAAGAAGGACUCGGUGGAGAGCCACCCAACCUGGGUGGAUGACACGCGGAUUGACGCAGAUGACAUCGUGGAGAAGAUCAUGCAGAGCCAGGACUUCACGGAGGGCAGCAACACUGAGGACAGUAACCUCCGGCUGUUCGUGAGCCGCGAUGGCUCCACCACGCUGAGUGGCGUCCAGCUGGCCAACAGGGUCUCCUCUGGGGUCUAUGAGCCGGUUGUGAUUGAAAGCCAUUGAGAAGCAGGUGUCUGGGCCGGCAAAGGUUCUGCCUUCUCUGGGAUCUGGACCUACGACAUUCCACAAGGAACCUUCCCCUUCGGAUCAUCAUCCGCGCUGCAUCUCUUCCUGCCUUCUCCAGGCCCGCACUCCAGCCCACACCAACCCCAAGGCAUCAUUCCAUUGUCCUCCCACCCAUGCCGGACCCUCCUAGCCCUGCAGGGCCCGGGCACCACUGUGAAUAUUCUCCUCUGAACCACUAGAGGGCAGGACAUGCAGGCCCACAGGGCACGGGGCAAGGUGGAGACAGCCCGACUGCCCCUGCUGGAGACCAACCUAGCCCCUGGGCCCACACAUAGCAGCCCCUACGUGUGUGGGCAUGCUGUGGCGAGGGGCCUCUCCUCAUGUCCCCACUCACUCCAUGAGCACAGGCUAAGGUCAUGCCUGGCAGGCAGGGCCUUGCUCUAUUGCCCACUUACCACGGGGUGCCAGGGCACCCCAGAAUCCAGCCAUCUGCGACCCUCCUGACUGCUUAGUGCUUCAGCUGUCCCUUCCCUGUGCCCUGGGGGACCCGCUGGCGGCCUCCUCCUGGAAGCCAAGACCUCAGACCCCACCCGCACUCCACAUUGAGACCCUCACCUCCCCAACAGAAUGUUCUCCUGCUGCCCCGGCAGCCUGCACUUUGCACAUGCUUGUCCCAGCACAGCCCCCACCGGCCCCAUGGCCUUCCCGUGCUCCUGGGCACUGCCUGCUGUGCGGUCAGUGGCCCAGGGCCCCGCAGCCCAGCUGGAACAUGGUGCUGCCCUCCUCCUCCCGGUAGCUCCACCUCAGGCCCAAGACCUGUGCUCAGACCGGUCUGAGCGUGGAUGUGCCCCUGCCCAGGGCUGGGCCCUGAGCAGCACCUUCCCUGCAGGACGUGCAGAGGCCCAGCUGGGCUGGGCAAGCGAAGCCCUCUCUCUGCCCUCAGGUCAGCUGGCCCAGGCAGGGUGGUGCUGGAGAGGCAGGUGGACUGGGACUGGACCAGCCUGGAGCGGGCUUCAUGGCUGGAAAAGCCUCGGCCUUCCUCCUGGACACAUCCCCCACAUCUGGGCAAGGGAGAAAUGGGGUCCUUUACGGGGUGUGUUUUCCCAGCGGGGGCAGUCUGGCCCUGUGCCCCACCCCUGCCCCUUUUAAGCCUCUGCUCUCAGCACUUUCCCCGUCCUUGGAACUUGCUUGAAGGUGGGCCUGGCUGGCAGCCAGGCCCUGGACAACCUCUCUGUCCCUUUUAAAUUCCACUCAUUUUGUGUAAACCCAGCAGGCUGGUGUCCUCUUAGCCCUGUAGCUUUCUUCCCUUCCUUCCAUCUUCUUUUGUCUUUUUUUGAGGGGAGUUUCAUUUGGUUAUUUUCUCCUCCCCCAGGUGAGGGGAGGUUCUCUGUUCUGUCCUCUGUCCCACCUGCCGGCUGGACCCAGCAGGGCUGGGUUCUCUGUGAGGGGCCAGGAUUUUGGUUUUCUCUCUAGAAGGGGUGGGGUGUCCUCCCCAGGCGGGAGGGUCCCUUACCCAGGUCCCCAUCUGCCCCAGUUGGCAAGAGUUGGGGUUCUGAGUUUUGGAACUCCCUUUUGUAGGGUUUUUGUUCGAAUCACCCAUCUCUUAGAAAAUGAAUGUUAGGAGGUGCCUGCCAGGCGGGCGGAGCAUUCACUCUGGCUAGAGAAGGCUCUGGGCAGCUCGGGGUCCCUGCCUGCCUGCAGAUACCUGGCACUUUAAAAGGAAGCUGACCACUCACCUCCAGGUGAAGUGACCCCCAGAGGGUGGGGGUGUCAUCCUUCCCUUCUGUGUGACCCCCACCUAGCCUUGUGGGGAGGUGCAUUCAGGGUUUAUUUGGGGUCUGGUUGGAAGUUUUGAGGCUUCAGGCACAAAAUAGCUGGCUUUGACUCUGUCGGGGAGACUCCCCCAAACUAGGAACCCCAGCCUCACCCAAGCCGAAUUUGGAGCUUGACAGUCACCCCGGAUGGAGACAGAGCCCACCGUGGCCGCCUGGGCCAGGGCCUGGGCCAGGGUAAUUGGACUAAGUCAGGCUUUGGCCAAGACCAAACUAGCACCGGCUGGAGCCAGAGGCCCAGAGCCCUGGGCGCCUGAGCCAGCGCCGCUCCCCAGCCGUUUGGCAGCAGUUCCCCGCCAGGUGCCCGCAGACUCGGGAGAGCACUAGAGAGAAUAUAUUAGAGGUAUUUUUGGAAAGGAAUUGGUCUAUGCAAUGCCAGUUUGGAAUCUUCUUGAAAGACAGUUUAACGUUUUUACUAGGAGAUUUAAAGAAAAUAAAGGUCUACAAUAUUUUUAGGGUUUUUUUUUUCUUUCCUGGCCACCCCACAAACCGACCACAUGGCACGAUCUGCUAGGGUGGAGAAUGCCCAUGCUUCCCUUUGUCCUUGGGAGAGGAUAGAGACGAGGGAGGGAGGCCUUUUACAUUUUAUUUUCAUUUCCCUCCUUUCUAACAGAACGUCGCCACCGCCACUCUGAUGCGGUGGGCUGUGUUGUCUCUCUGUCCCAGCUCCUGUUGUAGAAAAUAACAUUGUAAAGGGGAAAUCAGCCUAGUGUCAGUGUCUUGGUUUUGGGGGAAACAAUAAAUGUUGUGGGUUUUGUUUGUU